AUGUCGCGGCCGAUCCUCUCCCGCCUGGCCAUGGCUGCCAAUCGAGCCCAGUUCUCUCGAAUAUGCGGACUAUCACCCCACCGAACCCCGAGUUUGAUAACGCGAAGUCGAGCGCCAACGACCAUUUUUCGACGGUCGUUAAUUGCGGCUCCCAAGGAAGGUGGACCGCCAUUACUUCAGCGGAGUGCGAAUAGAGAGUUACCUGACGUUACUCCAAAACGCCGGUACCUAAUCCACGUCCCCAUCUUCCUAAUCUCCAUGUACAUCGCCGCAAACCUUCUUUUCAACUACCAACGCUCUUCAUCAUCGGUAGUAUCCUCGACGUUGUACGCUUUAAGAGUCAACCCGGAGGCGAGGGAGAUCUUGGGUGAUGAGAUCUCCUUCAAAGCGAAGACUAUCCCUUGGAUUCAUGGUACUAUGGAUCAAUUACACGGCAAGAUUGAUAUUUCUUAUAAAGUUAAGGGUAGUAAAGGGGAAGGAACGGUCCAUUUUUUUAGUUUGAGAGAGGGCGGCAGGGCGGGGAAGUUCAAAACAAAAAAAUGGGCAUUGGAACUUCCGGAUGGUGGAGUGUUGAACCUGCUGGUCGAUGAUAAUGUUUUGGAGGAUGAACCGUAG